AUGCUUCGUGAGGAUGACAUAUUAGCUUUAUUAGGUGACGGAAAUGUAUCAGAUAUUGGGGAAUUAGAUAGUGGUGAUGAAUCUGAAGACUUUUUUCCUGAAGCAGAACUCACUGAACUUUUAAAUGAAUUUGAAAAUAACGAUGGUAAUUUUGAAAAUGAGAAUGAAUAUAAUGUUGUUGGUAAGACUUUUGAAACAACUAAAAAAUGUGAUAUUCGUUGGGCACGAAAACCUUUUGCCCAACCACGUCUGCAUUUGGAAAACUUAGAUCAACCUAUAUAUCCUAUUUUACUAAGAUCUCCAUUAGAAUACUUUAUUUCUAAACAAAUUUCGAGAUUCAAACCAACAAAUAUAAACGAAAUGAAAAUAUUUAUUGGUAUUCAUAUUAUUAUGGGCUCUUUAAAAUAUCCUCGAGUACGUUUAUAUUGGGAAGACAAUUUUCAAAUUAAUAUUAUUGCACGUAAUAUGACACGAGACCGUUUUUUCGCUUUACGAACUAAUUUUCAUAUAAUUGACAACAACAGUAUAAGUAAAGAAAAUAAAGACAAAUUCAUCAAAGUGAGACCAUUAUUUGAUGCAGUGUUAAAAAAAUGUAAUAGCCUACCUUUAGAACAGGACCUUUGUGUUGAUGAACAGAUGGUUCCUUUCAAAGGCCAACUAUCGAUCAAACAAUAUAUGAAAGGAAAGCCUAUUAAGUGGGGGGUCAAAAUUUUUUUAUUGUGCGGAGGUAAGAGUGGAAUGGCUUAUAAUUUUAUGCUAUUUCAGGGAUAUUCAGAAUUAGACAGUAACUUGGUAAAAUCGGUAGGCUCUGGUGGUAGUGUUGUGUUACAUUUAACACAAAAUGUUCCUCCGAACCGUCAUUUUUUGUAUUUUGAUAAUUAUUUUUCGUCAUUUGGAUUAUUUGAGAGAUUGCAACAGUUGAACAUUUACGCGGUUGGUACAAUUAGAUCAAAUUGA